UUUGACUGGUAGGGUUGUGGUGCCUGGCUCCAGGUCGUAGAACAUGACACUUAGGAGGAGGGUAAAUUUCACGAAUGUGAUAGCCUUGAUUUAUUUAUCUGUCACGCGUUGUAUAGUGAAACUUUAAACCCACUGUGUAAAAUAAUAUGUCAGUGUGCAGAUGCUGAGACGUAAAUAUUUUGACAAAUACCCUUGAAUAAAGGUUUGGUUAUAGUGCAAGCACAAUGAUUGCGGCUGCAACAGCAAGUGGUUUGGAGCACCACCAAGCAGCAGAGCGCCAGGCACUCAUGUCCGAACUGCUGGAAGCUGUCAAGAGAUGCCAGGUGAGAUUUGGUGGACGUGCUGAGCUGGCCACUGAAUCUGAUCCUUGUGUAGCUCUUCUCUGCCACAGGAUGGAGGCAGCUCUUUCUCAUGGUUUACGGUCCCGUGCCAUUUCUAAAACAAGCUCUGCUUUUAGGCACAUGACUGAGAUUGUAUCAACUAGCCUUCACAUAGGCAGAGGAGGUGCACAAGACCAAUUAGUUUUGUGGCACUACAUACGUGAACACCUGACUCGCCACGAGUACGAGAGGUACACAGCACUACACAAUGUGACUACCGAUGUGGGGCGAGGUCGAGCUUGGCUGCGGGCAGCCUUGAAUGAACGCUCCCUGGAGCGCUACCUACACAUUCUGCUAUCUAGUCCCCAGCUGCUCCAAGCAUUCUACGAGGACUGGGCAUUACUGUUGGAUCAAGAAAUGAGCAGCACUCUGCCCACUAUGGCAGCAGGUCUCGGGUCAAUACUAUUUGCAAUCAGUAUAGAUAAUAGUGAUCUGAAUGGUGGUACUGCUACAAUGGAGACGGAGUCAGUAGGAACACCUUUGAGUCGCAGUGAACCAGUUAUCCCACCUGUAACUAUCUGUGUUACAGAUGCUGAAAGUAAAAAGAAAAAAGAUCAACGAAGACGAAAAAGGGUUCCAGCACAGAUUGUAAACUUUGAUGAUGAUCCAUCAGAAAGUGAAACUGCUGGAUCUCCAGCAGACUCUGAAUGCUCUACUGCACCGAAGGAAUCUAUUGAAUCUGCUGAAACUGAAGAAAGACACCAAAAUUUCUCUAGAGUUGAGCAGGCGGCUGAGGAAGUUGGCGUGGAUGCUGCUGCAGCCAGCCUGACGGCGUGUAGCAGACCAUAUGAUCUGACACUGCCCUCCUCUGCUGGGAGAAGGAGUGGUAGCCCACCCAGGAGACAUGCCCCUCAGACUUUGACUCCUGUGAACAAUGUGAAUGUCGGAGAACUCAUCCCAGUGUCCCAAGGUGUUGCUAGUGAAGAACCACAUUCUGAGGAUGACUCUCUGUCUGUGCCCAGUUAUUCUGAGGACACUGACCGAGCUGCUGCAGCUCUUCUGGCGACACAGAAGCUAUUGCAGUCAAAUCUAGUGGACAUGUCCCCACAUGAAUUGACGUCCUCUAGAAGUACGCAAGACAGCCAUGGUCACUACCAAGUUAAUGGUGAAGUUCGUGAGGCACUGUUCACUGUGCUAGCCUUGAAAGAAGAGUUGCAGGCAGAGUCGAGAUCACUGAAGAAGCUGGUGGAGCAGAUGCAAGAAACAAAUACACAUCUGCAAGCUGAAAUGUCGGAGAAACAAAGGCAGCACACUGAAAAGACGGAGAGACUGGAGGCUCGCAUACAAGCUCUUGCUAGGGAGAAUGAACUCCUAAAACACCAGCUCCGUAAAUAUGUUGGUGCAGUGCAAAUGCUGAAACGGGAUGGCAUGCAAGCAUAUGAAGCACUUGCAAGUCUUGAAGGGCAGCAGUCUCGGCCUGUUGACCCAGCUGACUACCAUCACGAAGCUCAGGAGUAUGAGAAGAAACUUAUACAGGUGGCAGAGAUGCAUGGUGAGCUGAUGGAAUUCAACGAUCGCCUGCAUCGUCAGCUGCAGUCAAAGGAGGCAGCAUUGCGACGUCUGAGAGAGGAGUUAGUGGAUUUGCGAGGACCGCUGCCAGAUGAUGCACAUACAUCGGAUGAAGAUGCAGCAUCUGUCACCUCGGACUAUGAUGUUAGCUCAUUGGGUGCUGCAGCACGUGCACUUGUAAAUAUAUGGAUUCCUUCCGCAUUCCUCACCGGAGGUUCUUCAGAUGUCCACCAUGUUUAUCAGGUAUUUGUUCGUAUCAGAGACGAUGAAUGGAAUAUAUACAGGCGAUAUGCCCAGUUCUACAGUCUCCAUAAGCAGUUGAAGAAACAAGAUGCUGUCUACUACUUUGAUUUUCCUCCCAAGAAGACUCUUGGAAACAAAGAUUCCAGAUUUGUUGAAGAGAGACGAAGACGUUUGCAGCACUAUCUGCGUUGUGUGGUUAAUCACCUUGUGCAGACCAACAAUGAAAUGGCUACAUCUCCAGACAAGGAUCUUCUUGUGUCCCUUGUCCCCUUCUUUGGAGAUUCAUUUGCGGCUCCAGACGACAGAAGCAACUCUCACAAGAAGGGCACAAGUUCUUGCUCUCGCAGCUUGUUUUCACGUUUGGGGCGAAGUGCAGAAAAUCGUGCAGCUGAGAACACUCCCCAGUACACUGGUCUUUAACUAUGGACUUUGUGAGCCAAACUAUAUUUGUGAGGUGCAAUGUUUGGUGCCAAAAAUUGUUUACUCAGGUAUUAACAGACACUGUACAGCUGUGACUUAUUUCCAAGAAAUGUUAUGGUUUUCAUAUUGCAUAUUCCUCAGGGAAAAAGAA